CAUUCAUUUUCAUAACUUCUAAAUCAUAAAUUAAGAUUAAAACUCGAUAGUUAACCCUUGGCCAGGAGUCUCCGUUCGAGAUGAGCGAACCGCUCUCGGGUCCCUGGCUUCGUUUUGUGUACAACGGCCUGCUGCUGACUACGGCAGUGUUUUCCGGCCGGAAAAUGCAGCCGGAGGAGCACCCCUUCGCCCUGGCCGCUUGUGUGGUGGUCGGAUUCUCGGCAGUGUUCGGAUUGCUUAGGGUAAUCUUCGCCAGCGGACAGCCGGAGGAGUGCCGGAAGCUGAGGGACAUAACGCAUGGUGUCCUGGAACUGGUACCACUGCCUCUGGCCAACAUGGAUCUCUAUAUGCAGUCCACCGGGCUAAGUGCCAUUGCUUUGGGUCAUGCUUUCUUCGUGCUUCCCCUGUUUUGCGAUUUGGGCUGCAGUCUGGCAAAAAAUCGGAGGGAUUGUGCCUUUAGCGAUAGCUUGAAAAAUCUUACCGUUCUGGGCAACAUUGUUUCCCUCGGAUUCCUGGCCUUUGUGGAGCGGAAUUUCCUCUAUCUGCGGAUGAUGCUGGUCAUGAUUGUGGUCAAGUACGGAGUGGUUCUGGUGGACAGCAUCAAGGAGGAUGCCGGGGAGGAUCUGCAGGUGUGCGGCACAGCCCUGUUUAUACACCUGCUCGGCAAGGCCGUGGAGUCCUCCGCCUCCGGAUCCUUGGUUUAACCCCUAACCGCUCUUCGCUUCACGGGUUUCCUUUCCCCGCUUAAUUUUCCUUGAAUCGAGUUUUGACCCGUAUUAAAUUUCAUUUCAGCCGCUUUUCAA